AAGUGUUUUACGAGAAGCAUAAAGCAUUGAGCUGUUCCUUUUUUCUUUCCUCCUCUUUUUUCUGUUGUUCGUGAUAAAGGAGACACAGAGGAUUCUUUUUAUUUUUUCUUACGGUGAGUUCAUUCGGAACCAGUGAUGGCGAGAUAAACCUGUCUGAGAUUCCUGGGUUUUCCCUCUUAAUCCGUCGUUUUCUAGCACAAAACGGCUCCUCUUAAUCCCUCCCAUCCCAGUGGUGGCAAGAUAAACAUGUCUUUUGCUGUCUCUUUACUGUCUACACCUGCCAUAUACUCGCCAUGCAUAAAGGUGAAGGCGUCGUUUUGAUCGAAGGGGAAUAUUCGAGUUCCUGCUUUGGGCCGUGGUCUCUGGGAGCGAAGACCCACUGUGCCUGAAGGCUGGUCCCUGUACAGUUCUUUCUUUUUUUCUACCUUGUCUUUCUGGGGGGUUCAGUUUCUUUUGCUGGUUUAGUCUCUGUGCAAGUGGGUAUUGUGCAUUUUAGCUCUUUGUGAGUUUCUUGGGGGUUAUUGUUGCAAGUGGGACGGUGUGUUGUUGUUUUCCUUGCGUCCUUCUUUAACAUUUUUUUUUUGGCUCACUGGGUUGCUUCGUGAUUGGUUUUCCUAAAUUGGGUUUGCCGGGUUUUGUUGGUUUGAGGUCUCUGUUGUUGGUCCUUUUUUUUUUUUCGGGGGAUUCCUUGGCAUGUGGUGGUGCCGGAGCAGAUGAUGGGAUGUGUGGCUUUCCUGUGGUUUUACUUGGCCUGCGCUAUGUGUUAUUCUGCUCCUGCGUUUGAGAAGUUGGAGAUGUGAAGAAAGCAGAAAUGAGCUUUUGAGUCUGUAAUCAGGGUAUCUAAGCAAUGGUUGGGGUGGAGUUUAAAAAGUGAAGGACCAGUCAGGUGUGUGUAGCUAAAUGAUCUUUGCCUCUCAGGGCUGAGUUUUGUGUAAAUGGAGGAGAAGCAAAACUCUGUUGGCCUUGAAGAUUUAUAUUAGUGUUGUAGCAUUCUUUUCUGCUUGGUGGAGUAAGCGCAAACUAAGAAAAAGUUGGUGUGGAGUGUUGUUGUGAUCUGUAGUCGGGCAUUUUGGGCGUUGGGGAGGAGGGAAGGGGAAUGUGGGCGGUUUUAGGUUGUUGGGAUCUCUGAAAAUUAAUGGUUGAGGUCAUCGGCAUUAUUUAAAGGGUACAGAGUGGUGGGGAAUGCAUAGAAAGGAGGAAAUAUUUGUCAAGGGGGAUUGUGUGUCAGUUUUGUGCUUGUGGGUUUCUCAGGCCCCGUGCAUUUUUUAGUGGUUCGAGUCUGUUGGUAAUGUUUCCCACGCUGACCAUUCCGCCGCAGCCUAUGGGCUCUGUUGCAGAUACAGGAAACAAGCUCCUAGCAGCAGCAUCGUUGGAGAAGUAAAAAAAGAAAGAAAGGGAUAGGAUUCCUGACCAAGAUCGUCUUACUCUCUUACUUUCUCUCCACUAGCUUCCUCUCUGUUCGUCAACGGGUUUUCUUUCCACCCCAGUGCACCUUCGCAGUUUUUGUUUUCUCUUUUUCCUCUGAACCUCUGGGCUUUUGGUAUCCAGAGAUAUAGCUGCUGAUUUGGGCGUGCCAUUUGAAGAAGGGGCUUUGGUCUUUUUUUUUUUUUGCUUUCUCAUCUCUCGACUCCCUCGCCCUGUGGCCUUGUUAUAGCAUCAAUCCUGCCUAAAGAGAAGGAACGGGCGUUCUCAAGAUGAAGUUUAUGAAACUUGGUUCCAAGGCAGACUCCUUUCAGAGUGAUGGGAACAUGAGAUAUGUAGCUACAGAAUUGGCAGCUGAUCUUGUUGUUAACGUGGGGGAUAUCAAAUUUUGUGUUCACAAGUUUCCCCUUCUAUCAAAAAGUGCACGCUUGCAGAAGCUACUAGCAAAUAGCAAUAAUGAAGUCAACAAUGAAGUCCACAUUCCUGACAUCCCUGGUGGGGCUUCAGCCUUUGAGAUCUGUGCGAAAUUCUGUUAUGGGAUGGUUGUCACACUAAACCCAUUCAAUGUCAUUGCUGCACGAUGUGCUGCUGAGUACCUGGAAAUGCAUGAGGUUGUUGAGAAAGGCAACCUGAUUUACAAGAUCGAGGUUUUCUUAAACACAGGCAUCUUUAGGAGUUGGAAGGAUUCUAUUAUUGUGCUUCAAACCACGAGAUCUUUCUAUCCAUGGUCUGAAGAACUGAAGGUGAUUGGUCGUUCUGUGGACUAUAUUGCAUUGAUGGCCACUGUUGAUCCAGGACAGGUUGACUGGUCUUACACAUACAGCAGAAGGAAACUCCCAUCUGAAAAUGGUAUUGAUCUGCAAUGGAAUGGAGUCCGACAGCAAAUGACAGUCCCAAAAGAUUGGUGGGUUGAGGAUCUAUGUGAACUUGAGAUUGACUUCUAUAAACGGGUGAUUAUAGCUAUCAAAUCAAAGAGAAUAAUGUCAGGCAACUUGAUUGGGGAGGCACUUAAAGCUUAUGCGCUAAAGUGGCUACCUGCUUUCGGAAGGGAUCAGGUCCAUAGCAGUGAGGCAACUAGAAACAGGUCACUCGUUGAAACCGUGAUUUGGUUAUUGCCUUCAAAAAAGGGCUGCGUACCUUGUGGGUUCUUGCUCAAGCUCCUCAAGGCAGGGACUUUGUUGGACAUAGGUGAGACUGCAAAGAGGGAACUUGUGAAGAAAGUGGGUAUACAGUUGGAUGAAGCCUCUGCUGUUGACCUCUUGUUGCCAGCACCUGUUGGUGAAGGUGGAUUGUAUGACAUUGACAUUGUGCAAAAUAUGGUGGAGGAGUUCUUGAUACAAGAGCAGAGUGCAAGGAUUGGUCACCCAGCAGUGGAGGAUGAGCUAUUAGCUGACGAGAGGUCAUCGAGUUCUGUCUCUUAUGCUUCCAAGCUUGCAGUUUCUAAGGUGAUUGAUGGCUACCUUGUGGAGAUUGCACAUGAUCCUGAUCUUCCUCUGACUAAGUUCAUUGAACUUGCUGAGAUGGUACCAGAUGCAGCACGUCCUGUUCAUGAUGGACUAUACCGUGCAAUUGACAUCUAUCUUAAGGAGCACCCCGGUAUAACCAAGAGUGAGAAGAAGAGAAUAUGCAAGUUGAUGGAUUGCAGGAAACUAUCAAUAGAUGCAUGCGCACAUGCUACACAGAAUGAACGACUGCCAUUGCGGGUGGUGGUACAGGUCCUCUUCUUUGAACAGGUGAGAUGUGGAGCUAGUGGUGGUCUUGGGUCGGUGGAUAUAUCAGGUGCGAUACGUACUCUCCUACCACCAGAAAAUGGUGGUUCAAUUGGAAGCUCAAGGACAGCGACUACGAAUACAGAGGAAGAUUGGGAUGGUGUGGCAGCGAUAUCAGACGAUCUGAGGUCCAUCAAGAGGGAGUUAGAGGCCAUGAGGGUUGGUGGGGGCAAGAGAGGUGGUGGAGAUGUGAAAAACACGGUCAAAGUGAGCAGCAAGAUGCGGGGGAUUCUGAAAUCCGGCAGAAUUUUUAGUAAACUUUUGUCACACAACCAGAAGGGUGAAAACAGUAGCUCUGAUACAUCUGAAAGCCCUGGUUCUGUGAAUCCAGGAGAGACCAAGUCCACUCCGUCCAGGAACAGAAGGCGUUCAAUGUCGUAGAGAGAAGGGAAAAUGUGCAUGUCUCUCCUAGACGGUACUUGGUGGGGGUUGUGGUUUUUUAGGUCAAAGAGGAUGGAAGGUGGUGGGUGGAUCGUCACCCUCGCCUACCCUUUCUUCUUUAUACAUGCAAAAUAUAUUGUUGCUGACCAGUACUUGGGCUUUUGGAUUAUGGCCCAAUUUUGAUGUACCAUAUCAAAGAGGAAAUGCCACGUUUAAUGGGAUCUGUUGUCCUUUUCUAUUGAA